AUGCUUCCCCUUCCACCACCACCACCACUCCUAGCCACAAGGCAAUGUACAAAGCAAGUCUCUCAUGACCAAAUUAUCAUAUCAAAACAACCCAUCAAACAAAAUUCUCAAAAUUCAGAUGCACCAAAUAAUGUUACAACAAAGUCAAUUAGGCCACCACCAACACUAAGACAACCUCAAUUUCAAAGGACUAAUCCAAUCACAUGGUUUGCUGCUGUGUUGUGCCUCAUAUUCAGCCUUCUACUCAUCUUCUUUGGAGUAGCAACUUUGAUCAUCUUCCUUGGCAUCAAACCAAGAAACCCAACUUUUGACAUCCCAAAUGCAAACCUCAAUGCGGUGUAUUUUGACUCACCAGAAUACUUCAAUGGUGACUUCACUCUCCUUGCAAAUAUCACCAAUCCAAACAGGAAAAUUGAUGUGAGGUUUGAGUCUUUGGAUGUUGAACUUUUCUUCUCAAACAGGAUCAUAUCAACACAGUCAAUUCAACCCUUUAGUCAAAGGAGAAGAGAAAGCAGGUUGGAAUCAUUGCAGUUCAUAUCCAGCUUGGUGUUUUUGCCUAAGGAUCUUGGUGUGAACCUUAAAAAGCAAGUGCAGGGUAAUAGGGUUUGCUACAAUGUGAGAGGAACAUUUAAAGUGAGAGUUACACUAGGGUUCUUCCAUAUGUCUUAUUGGUUGCAUAGUAGAUGCCAGAUAGAGAUGACUGGUCCACCAACUGGUGUCUUGGUAGCUAGGAAGUGCAUCACAAAGCGAUGA